AUGGCCAGUUUCAUCGCCAACAUGUUCCCCGGCACCGCCGCCAAGGAGUCCAAGUCGUCCCUGGCUGAACGACCUGGCACUCCAAACCGGAACAGCUUCCUGGAGCCGGCCAACACCCCACAAGGCAGCCCCAGCAAGAGGACUGUUCCUCCGGGCGCCAACGACCUCCCAGUCGCCUUCGAGAAUGCAAUGAAACUCGGCCCCAACCAUGGAAAUGAGAGCCCCUUGAGAUUGAGACCACAGACGGGGAAUGGCCCCUCUCCCUUGUCGCCAGUCCGGAGUAAUCUCCAGCCUGCUGACGAUGAUUACUUCGGCCCCCCUAGCGACGCGAGUGUCGUGCACAAGAACAAUUUUGGCCCCCCUGGCAGUCCCCUGAAGCAGCACGGCCAGGAGAACACGCCGCCUUCGCGCAUCCCCGUAAUCGACUCGGCCGGCUCGCCAUACGGCCACAACCAAGCUGCCAUCUCUAGACAGUCGUUGUACCAGCUCCGCGAGCACAAGGCUCCUCCCGCAACCAACAAGAGAUUCAACACUACCAGGGGCCUCACGCCCGAGGAGCUGGAGAUUCUCAAGAAGACUAGUGUUCGCCGCAUGGUCAAUGUUACCCAGCUCUACUUUCUCGACUACUACUUCGACCAGAUCACCUACGUCGCCUCCCGACAAAACCGUCUCAAUGCCUUCAGAGAGGAGAACCCCUCGCCCGAGAACGACGAUGGAACUUACAAGGACUUGUGGAAGAAGUACUGUGGGCGGGAGCGUGCCAAUCUGCGGAAACGACGCGUCCGCCUCCGACACGGCGACUUCCAGAUCCUCACACAGAUCGGCCAGGGAGGCUACGGCCAGGUCUACCUUGCUCAGAAGAAGGACACCAGAGAGGUCUGCGCAUUGAAGGUCAUGAGCAAGAGGCUGCUUUUCAAGCUCGACGAGGUACGCCACGUCCUCACGGAACGAGACAUCCUGACCACGGCCAAGAGUGACUGGCUGGUUCGUCUGCUGUACUCCUUCCAAGAUGACAAGAGUAUCUAUCUUGCCAUGGAAUACGUACCAGGCGGGGAUUUCCGAACCCUGUUGAACAACACCGGUGUUCUUUCCAACCGUCAUGCUCGUUUCUACAUUGCCGAGAUGUUCUGCAGUGUCGAUGCCCUUCACCAGCUCGGUUACAUCCACAGAGAUCUCAAGCCUGAGAAUUUCUUGGUCGACUCCAGUGGCCACAUCAAGCUGACUGAUUUUGGUCUCGCGGCUGGUAUGCUGGCACCGGCAAGAGUGGAGUCCAUGCGAGUCAAGCUUGAAAAAGCAUCUUCGACCAGCGUUCCCUUCGGUAAACCCAUGGACCAAAGGUCCAUAGCUGAGCGCCGUGACGGGUACCGAACCAUGCGAGAGAAGGAUGUGAAUUACGCCAAAUCCAUAGUUGGAUCGCCUGAUUACAUGGCCCCUGAAGUCUUGCGAGGUGAGGAGUACGACUUUACCGUCGAUUACUGGAGUCUUGGUUGCAUGCUGUUCGAGGCCCUGACUGGCUUCCCCCCCUUCGCUGGCGCCACCGCAGAUGAGACUUGGAGGAAUUUGAAGCAUUGGAAGGAUGUGCUCAAGCGCCCAGUGUGGGAGGAUCCUAACUAUUUUCUGAGCAACAGGACCUGGUCUUUCAUCACAACCUGCAUCAACUCGCGCUCCAAACGGUUUUCAAAUAUCAAGGAGAUUUUCGAGCACCAAUACUUCGGCGAAGUGGAGUGGGAUACUCUCAGACAAACGAAGGCGCCUUUCGUUCCCGAGCUGGACUCGGAAAUGGAUGCUGGCUACUUUGACGACUUCACCAACGAAGCUGAUAUGGCCAAGUACAAGGAGGUCCAUGAGAAACAACAGGCCCUCGAGGACAUGGCUGAUCGCGACGAUGACAUGGGCAAGUCCCUGUUUGUCGGCUUCACCUUCCGCCACCGCAAACCUGCCACGGAGGAUGGAAGUCCUCGAAAGCCCAUCCCUAAAGAGGACGAUUUCGGCACGAUGCUGUAG